UAUGAAAACAGUCAAACAGCUCUAACACAUCAGUCUGUGUUUAACAACUGAGCAAGCAGCCGCCGGAACCAGAAACAAGAUGAAGCUCUGCAUGCUGGUGAUGCUCGGGACCCUGUUCGUCCUCAGUGACGGUAUGCCGCCAAUCAGCCGGGACUACAACACCCACUGUCGGUGCCUGCAGGUGGAGUCGAGGAUCAUCCCACCAGACAACCUGAGGAGCAUCAAACUCAUCCCUGAGGGGCCUCACUGCAGGGAAACAGAAAUCAUAGCCGGACUGGUGAGCGGAGCGAAGGUUUGUCUGAACCCUGAUUCCUCCUGGGUGAAGAAGCUUGUCAACUUUGUUCUUGAGAAACAACAGGCAGGAGCAGCCUCCAAGAAUCAGGCAUAAAUCCUGCAGUUCUCUGGAAGUAUGACCACUGAGCUGCACUGUUUAAUGAAUAACUGAUGAUAACAUUCAAUCCACAUGGCUCAUUUAAAUAACCCCCUUUUUAACACUCCUGUCCAGUUGUUUCAUAAUUUUUUGCUGUUGUUGCCUUUUUGUUAUUACAUUCUUUUAUUUCUACUGAUUUUUUAAAUGCUGAAUGUUUUAUACUCAUUUCUUGGAAAUAUUCUCGAUGUUGUUGAAAUGUGAGAACAAAAAAAAAAACACCAGACAAAUGAUUGUAUGAGCUUUUGAAAGCAGAUACUGAACGUAGCCUUAAAAUGUAGCACUGUAACAUGUAACAUCAACACUUUAUUUGUGUUUUAUACUUCUUUUGGUGAAUCUUCUCCUUCAGCAGCAACAAAUGAUCAAUGCUCAGUUAAGAAGGACCUCAAUCAAAAACCGGUUAUUGCAUAAUGUAAAAUGUAAUAAUGAGCUGCACA